CCAAACCACGUUGUAUCUAUCCCACCCACUCCACGGAGUUCAUGGCUUUCUUUUCUCCACACUGUGCGUAAUGGUUGAAAAAAGGAUGGACUCCCUUGUAAAAUGGGCUCUUAUCCUUUUCGGACUCUUCUCGGUCAUUUUAAACAUCGUCCUGAUCGGCAUCUACUCAGGCAGGGUCCCCAGAUGUUCCCAGCAGCGCGUCCACCCUCUGAAGGGGAAACAUGAUGACCGCAGCCUCGUCUUUGCUGAUCUUUCUCAGGAGGAGUACUUGCAGGUCCAGCGCUACAUGCUCCAACAGAAGGACCUGGACAUCUCCACCAAGCAGACCACCAGGCCGGCGCAAAAUUUCCUCUUUCUAAUUGAUCUCUCCCUACCAAAGAAAUCAGAGGCUCUAGCUUAUUUGGAUGGAAAAGGUCAAAAGCCAAUUCGAGAAGCAACGGUGGUGGUCUUCUUUGGCUCCAAGGGCUUCAUAAAGGAGUAUGUGGUGGGGCCCCUUCCCAACCCGACAUACCACAGAGACGUAACUAAGGAGAGAUACAACAUGGACCUACCGAUCACUAAGCGCCUGGUGACUGUCGGGGAGUAUGCUUUGAUCUUUAAAUUCUUUGAGACAGAGGUUUUCUCUAAACUAGAGAACCUCCUGAAGGAAAGCUUCGACGUCAGAGCUGGAAAACAGCUGAACGCCUUUGAACAGAUGCCCCGAGGGGUCCGCUCAGGGGACAGGAAGACCUGGGUUUCCUUUUUCAGGGACAUGAGCGGCAUGUAUAUCCACCCAGUGGGCUUCGAGGUGCUGCUCAACCACGAGAGCACCAACGCGUCUCAGUGGAGGGUGGAGAGGCUGCUUUAUAACGGCAAAUAUUUCAACACGGUGGAAGAACUUAAGAGGAAAUAUGAAAACGGGGAUGUGGAGAAAAUCGUCUACAAGAAAUCUCCUGACUACGGCUCACUUAAACCCAGAAACAGGCCGCUGCAGAUCCCACCGCAGCAGUUUUACGCAGAGGGGAAGCGCUUCGGCAUCCAGAGGAACCAUGUCCUCUAUCUGGACUGGAGCUUCAGCUUCGGACUCAGUUCCCUCACAGGCAUGAGGGUGUUUGACGUGAAGUUUAACGGGGAGAGAAUCGCCUAUGAAAUCAGCGUGCAGGAGGCCAUGUCGGUGUAUGGCUCGAUCACACCGGGGAUGAUCCUCACCAAGUUUCUGGAUUCAAGCAUCGGCAUCGGGCGCUUUGCGCAUGAGUUGGUCCGCGGGGUUGAUUGUCCCUAUAACGCCGACUAUGUGGACACAUACCGUUACAUCGAUGUUCCGGCCCCAGUACGGUUCAGGAACUCCAUAUGCAUCUUUGAGCACAACAUGGGUCAGCCCCUUAGAAGACACUUCGCUGAUUUCUUCCACAACAACUACGGAGGGAUGGUGAACAGCGCCUUGGUCUUCAGAACCAUCACAGCUAUAGGGAACUACGACUACAUGUGGGAUUUCAUCUUCUACCAGAGUGGGUCAGUUGAAGCUAAAGUUCAUGCCACUGGAUACAUCUCCUCCUCUUACCUGGUUGACGGUAAUCUGAGGUACGGACACCAAGUGGCGGAUAAGGUUCUGGGCAACAUUCACACGCACUUCAUCAACUUCAAGGUGGACCUAGAUGUGGCAGGUAGGGAGAAUGUAUUCCAGGUCAAAGACAUGGAAUUUGUCAACGUUUCUUUGCCUUGGAUGCCUGAUCAUUACGCGAUGGUACCUCAGCUGGUGGAAAAACAGCUCAAAACAGAACAGGAAGCAGCCCUACGUCAUAAUAGCAAGACACCUCGCUACCUUCACAUUGCCAGCAAAAAAAAUAACCGCUGGGGCCAUCAACGGUCCUACAAACUGCAGGUUUACAGCUUUGCAGGAGAACAUCUACCGGAGAGUCAAGCUGAGGAGAGAUCUAUGUCCUGGGCAAGGUAUAAGGUUGCAAUCACCAAGCACAAGGACUCAGAACAAACCAGCAGUAGUCUUUACAGUCAAAAUGAUGUUUGGAGUCCGGCUGUUGACUUCAGCAAGUAUAUUGAAGACAAUGAAAGUAUUGAAGACCAAGAUCUUGUUGCUUGGGUGACCACAGGAUUCCUUCAUAUCCCUCAUGCUGAAGACAUCCCCAACACUGUUACUGUGGGUAAUGGUGGUGGAGUCAUACUACGACCACAUAACUACUUUGAUGAGGACCCAUCCAUCAGUUCUACAGAUUCAGUAUACUUUGGCCCUGGGACUGAAGACAGCUGUGAGAGCAACAGGAUGGCGUGCUUGGCUCAUGAGACUUGUAGCCCCACCCUGGAGACCUUCACCUACCAUGGCUUCGAUGGAGUCAUGAAGUUUCAUGACUGAAAGUCAUUUAUUAUUUGCUGCUGUUAAAUAGGAUUACAGCCAUGAUAUUCCAGGAGAUCUUACUGUGCUAUGUAUAGGAGUAAUUGGGUGGUUACAAAUUAAAUAAUUCAAUUGAUUAUAUUUUUUUAAUUAAGUUCUAUAUAACCAUCUGCAGUAUCCCUCUGCAACAUAGACUUUAAAAUCAAAUUUUGAUGGAAUUCGGAACUAGAAUUCCAUCUAAUGAAAUCUAGGGUAGACAGCGUUUUACUGUAACCUGUUUUUGUGUUCUUUGUCUUAUUUUUGUAAUUAUGCAUGUCACCAUUAACACAUAGUUGCCAGGGCACAUCAUUUCUAAAAAACAAACACUUUUCUUUUUUUUUAUAAUGCACUGAAAAGCCAUUAAACCAUUUAUAGCACUACUUUAAUUUUAUUCUAGACAUUUGUUCUGCACCCGCCCAGUCAUAUCUGGCCUGUGUUACUUUCAGUUAUAAAAUAAACUACUGGUUUAUUUUAUAAGAGGUAAA